ACUUGACUUCGUGUUAUUUACCUAAUCAACUUCGUCAGCUGUUCAAUCUCGUAAUAAAUUCUUCCUGUUUGUCAAGCAGAUGGAAAAUAUCCAGAAUAUUGACAAUCAUGGCUAUUAGUGUAAUGAUUUCUUCUAGAACACUCCAGAAGUUUUGCCGGGUCACUGGCCAGAGAUGCUUUGCCCAAGAAGCAGCAUCUGGAUCACAGACGUUUCCAAAGAUCACCACCCACUAUACUGUACAUCCACGAGAUAAUGAUCCACGAUGGAAAGAGGUGAACAUGGAAAGGUUUGCAGAUGAAGCGGAUGUACUUAUUGUCGGAGGAGGUCCAGCUGGCAUGUCGGCGGCCAUUCAGCUGAAAAAAAUGGCCCAGAAAGAUAACAGGGAACUAAGGGUCUGCCUGGUUGAGAAAUCAUCUGAGAUUGGAGGACACAUAUUAUCGGGUGCAGUUAUCGAUCCCAUCGCCCUCAAUGAACUGUUUCCAGAUUGGAAGGAGCGAGGGGCGCCUCUGAACACCCCGGUCACUGACGACAAGUUUGCCUUCCUUACCCAGACCUCACGAAUUCCCAUCCCAAUCGUUAAAGGUAUGCCGAUGGACAACCAUGGUAACUACGUGGUGAGACUGGGUCAUGUAGUCAAGUGGCUGGGAGAGCAGGCUGAGGAGGCUGGGGUGGAGCUGUAUCCAGGGUAUGCUGCGGCAGAGGUUCUGUACCACCCUGAUGGUAGUGUCAAGGGCAUUGCGACAAACGACGUAGGCAUAGCCAAGGAUGGCUCACCCAAGUCAGCAUUCGAGCGAGGAAUGGAACUGCAUGCCAAGGUAACAAUAUUUGCCGAAGGUUGUCACGGCCACUUGGCCAAGAGUCUGAUCAAGAAGUUCAACUUGCGUGAGAGCGCUGAACCUCAGACUUACGGACUGGGAGUCAAGGAGAUCUGGGAAGUGAAGCCUGAGAACCAUGCUGCUGGAAGAGUGGAACACACCAUCGGCUGGCCUCUGGAUAAGAACACAUAUGGUGGCUCAUUCUUGUACCAUCUGAAUGAGUCCACGCCCCUGGUAGCGGUUGGGUUUGUCGUGGGCUUGGACUACUCCAACCCUUACCUCAGUCCUUUUAAGGAGUUUCAGAGGUUCAAGCAUCACCCUUCUAUCAUCAAAACUCUGGAAGGUGGGAAAAGGAUAGCCUACGGUGCCAGAGCCCUCAAUGAGGGUGGGUUCCAGUCCCUGCCCAAGCUAACAUUCCCCGGAGGCUGUCUGGUGGGGUGUAGUGCUGGGUUCCUCAAUGUACCAAAGAUCAAAGGUACCCACAAUGCCAUGAAGAGUGGUAUGUUGGCGGCUGAGAGCGCCUACGAGGUUGUUACCAGUGAAGAGGCCUCAACCACUCAAGGUCUGGAGCCUGUGUCUUACACACAGAAGAUCAAGGACAGUUGGAUAUGGAAAGAGCUGUAUAAGGUCCGCAACUUCCGUCCAUCCUUCCACAACCCCCUCGGCUUGUACUUAGGCGUGGCUUACUCAGGGUUCAGUCUCCUGACCGGGGGUCGAGAACCAUGGACCCUCUCACAUGGAGGUGCAGACCAUGGUAGACUCAAGCCAGCCAAGGAGUGUAAGCCUAUUGAGUACCCCAAGCCAGACGGUGUGAUCAGCUUUGACCUCAACUCAUCUGUAGCUCUGACAGGCACUAACCACGAGGCAGACCAACCUCCUCACUUGACUCUCAUGGAUGACACUGUCCCUGUCAAACACAACCUGGCUAUCUACGACGGGCCCGAGGGACGCUUCUGUCCAGCUGGAGUGUACGAGUAUGUGGCCCAGGAGUCAGGGGAUGGUCAGCGACUAAUGAUCAAUGCACAGAACUGUAUCCACUGCAAGACUUGGUGACAUCAAGGACCUAACACAAAACAACAACUGGGUUAUGACCUUGCCUGCACACACUAUACUCUGUGUGUCUUGUAGGAGUGUACGAGUACGUGGCCCAGGAGUCAGGGGAUGGCCAGCAGCUGAUGAUUAAUGCACAGAACUGUAUCCACUGCAAGGCUUGUGACAUCAAGGACCUAACACAAAACAACAACUGGGUUAUGACCUUGCCUGCACUCACUAUACUCUGUGUGUCUUGUAGGAGUGUACGAGUACGUGGCCCAGGAGUCAGGGGAUGGCCAGCAGCUGAUGAUUAAUGCACAGAACUGCAUCCACUGCAAGACUUGUGACAUCAAGGACCUAACACAAAACAACAACUGGGUUAUGACCUUGCCUGCACUCACUAUACUCUGUGUGUCUUGUAGGAGUGUACGAGUAUGUGGCCCAGGAGUCAGGGGAUGGUCAGCGACUAAUGAUCAAUGCACAGAACUGCAUCCACUGCAAGACUUGUGACAUCAAGGACCCCACACAGAACAUCAACUGGGUGGUGCCUGAAGGAGGGGGUGGUCCCGCAUACAACGGAAUGUAACCGAUCUUCUCCUUGUUUACUGAAAGGUAACUGAACCUUUCUUGUGUUGAGUGCCUUGCUACCACGCUUUGGCACGAGAAGCUAAAUGGUUUAAAUCUCAGUUUUCUUGAUUUUUUCAAUUAACUGUUAAAUUAUUUCAUGUCACCAAUAUUUAAAACAUUAAUAUUAUUCCAUCAAUUAAUUGUUAUCUUGUAAUAGUAAUUGUCUUGGUCAAUCAGCAGAGAACGGUUUAUAGUUUAAAUAAAAUGUUCAGUUUGAUACCAAUUUUCUAGCUUAGAAGUGUCAUUCAGGUAAAAUUUAUUGUCAUCUAAAUAUAUUCAGAUUAAAUGAAUUAAUUGAAUCUUUUUUAGGACCAAAUUUUCGUAUACAAUUUGCGACGUUCAUGGACCCCUGAUGAUUUCUCACGAUGUCUCGGACAUCCAUUACUUGCGAUCGCAGCAAAAUGUGUGAUAAUUUCUUGCGAUCAGGGUAACACACACUAUAAUAUCUUUUGAUCCCAGCAACAUCCAUUUAUCCUCCCGUGGAUCAUUGUCUACUCCUUUGAUUUUCUCAUGAUCACGGCAAUAACUGUGAUCAUAUACCGUGAUGGUAACAACGAUCGUGGCAAUGUCCGCAAUCCUCUCCAGCUAUUAUUUUUAACUCCUGAGACAAUUAUUUGCUAUUACGACCAAAUCUGAGAUUAUCUUGCAAUCGUGGCGAGAUUUAUUAUAAUAUCCCCCGAUCGCGGCAACAUCCGUGAUGAUUUCCGGAGAUUGCGACAACAUCUGUGAUUAUUUAUGGUUACUGCGGAAUUGUUCAAGAUAUUUCUUGCAAUCUCGGUAAUGUCCGUUAUUCGUGAUAGUUUCCUGCAGUCGUGAUUUUCAACUUAAUGGUUAUUUACAAAAUUCUUGCACGGUUCAUGGAUUUUUUCGACUUCAUCAAAAUUCAAAUACAAUUCCCGGUUUCCAGGUCAGCUGGACAUUGGAGUAUUUAAAUACAUGUGUUGUAGAGGUAAAUUUUAAAUAGGUAAAUUUUAAAUAUAAUUUUUAGCCCCCUGAAAGUUUGUUGGUAUGUUAUGUUUAUCUGUUUUUUUUAAAUUUCUUUGAGUUUAUGACAACUGUAUCUAAUUUGAUGUGAAUAUUUGCUUGAUCCAUUUACAUUAGUCCUGCUGAAGUAGAUGGUUUGCUCUAAAGUAUAAUAUGAAUAUGUCACAAUCAAUUUAUAGGCCAUAAGUUAUGUUAACUUGACAAAUCUUUAAUCAUAUCCAUAAUGAAGUAGGGCCUACAUAACUUUGUUUUACUAAUACAUUUUGGUACAUAAUUUGAUCAAGUGUUUAGAGUCCUUGGAGGCUAGUGGCCAUCUUGGAUAAUUCAAACAGCCGCUGAAGGGUUAUUUAUUGUCGAAAAAUAUAACACCAAAGUGAUCACAAUUUAAAUAUCUAGUAAACUGUGAGAUUAGAAAUGUUCUUUUUAGUUUUUAAUUGUUGUCCAAGGGAGUCCAUGGAAGCUAGCGGCCAUCUUGGAUUUGCCCGCCAUAAAAGCAAUGUUAAUUUGGUUAAUUUCAAACAGCUGCUGAGGAGUUAUUGACCAUCUCAAAAUAUUUUCCCAAACGCCAGUGUGAUUGUAACUGAAAUAUCUAGUAUACUGUCAGAUUAUAAAUUUUCUUUGAAGUUUUUUAAUUGCUUAACGAGUUAGAACGUCUAGGCUCCAAGGACUCUUUAAGUUUUAAAUAUGAGUAAAUAUGUAGGCCUAUUUGUAAAUAAAAGGUUGAAAACUUUGAAAUGAACUUUGAUUUGAAACAAAUGAAAUUAUAUCUUAUUUGUAGGCCUACUUCAAGAGUUUUAAUAAUUGUGUUUUGAAGAUCGCCAAUAUUCUGGGCGUAUUAUUUUUUAUAUCAAUUUAUGUAAUUAUGCUCAAAUUUCUUGUAAUUAUUUAUUUUAUAAAACUAGGUAGCUGUCACAAAAACUACAUUACCUAUUUUUAUAUUUGUAAAUAAAAUUGUUAAGUAGCUAAAUAAAUAAAUAAGACUGUGUAUGUAAUUUUUAUAUCUGUGUAAAAAUAUAUAUGUUAUGAAAGUUA